AAGCUGAGAAAUCAACUAUUAACAAUUCCCGAACCAAUAAAUGUAACAAGACUGUGUAAUUGUUGACCGAAAAAGAAACACUUGACUAUAAUUUUAUUAGAAUAAAAGAAAUAAAAAUAUUCAAGAGUUUCACCUGGCAUCUUACAAUAUAAACAGAACGCGUGUGGUCUCGAGAAGUUGCGCUCUGUUUUAGAUAGGUAAAUUUCUCUGCAAGAGCAGUAAUCAAUGGCGAAUCUAAUUUCGUUUCAUGAAGUGGCUAAACAUAAGUGCAAGAACGAUUGUUGGAUUCUUAUCCAUGGAAAGGUCUAUGACAUCAGCACUUUCAUGGACGAACAUCCGGGCGGUGACAAUGUUCUCCUCGCCGUCACCGGCAAGGACGCGUCGAUUGAUUUCGACGAUGUGAAUCAUAGCAAUGAAGCGAAGGAGACAAUGAAGAAAUAUUGUAUCGGUGACGUUGACCAGUCAACGGUUCCGGUGACGGCGAAGUAUAUUCCGCCGUGGGAGAAGGAAUCUACGGCGGAAACCACAAAGCAGGAAUCCGCAAAUAAGAUGCUCGUUUACUUGGUUCCUCUCUUGAUUCUUGGCGUUGCUUUCGUUCUCAGAUUCUACAACAACAACAACAAGCAGACAAAUUAAUUAUAAAAAAAAAAAUUUAUGAUGAAAGAUCCAUCAAUCAAUUAAGUUCAUAACAGUUUCAUAAUGUUGUUGUAAUAUAAUCUGGGUUUUGUGUGUUCGUAAUAAUGGGCUUCUCAUGCGAAGAUUUGACCCAUGAAUGGGAGUUCAAACUAUUGAUUUAUUAUCUUUGUGUUACUGACU